GACUGCCAUGCCUGCAUUGGAGGUGAUCUGCAGCCUGAUUGGCUGGCUGUGUCUCUACCUGUUCUGCUCCACCUUCUCUCACCGAGGGCCCGAGUGGAACUGCCGCUUGGUCACCUUGACCCAUGGCGUCAUCAUAGUGCUGCUGACGGCAUACGUUGUGUUUGUUGACGGUCCCUGGCCCUUCACACAUGCAGGUACAGAAAACACUGACCUCCAGAUAUUUGCCCUGGCAGUCUGCCUCGGCUACUUCUUCUUUGACCUGGGUUGGUGCGUGUGCUACCGGAGCGAGGGCCCAGUCAUGCUGGCGCAUCACGCCGCCAGCAUCGUGGGCAUCCUCCUGGCGCUGCUGAUGGGCGUGUCGGGCUGUGAGACCUGCGGGGUGAUCUUCGGCAGCGAGAUCACCAACCCGCUGCUGCAGAGCCGCUGGUUCCUCCGCCAGCUGGGACUCUACGACAGCCUGCUGGGCGACGCCGUGGACCUGCUCUUCAUCCUGCUGUUCGCCACGGUGCGCGUCGGCCUGGGGACCGUCAUGUUUUAUUGCGAGCUCACUUCGCCCAGGACUUUGCUGAUAAUGAAGCUUGGCGGCGUGGUCAUGUAUCUGCUGGCCUGGGUGUUCAUGGUGGACAUCGCCAGGUUCGGCUACAAGAAGACCAGGGCCAAAUACAGGAAGUGGAUGAUGAACCGCGAGCUCAAAGAGACAAGCGAGGAAAAACCAGUUGGGCACGAAGAGUGAUUGAGAAGACUAACUCAACCGCUUUCACAUGUUUUUAACAGACGCUCCAUGAAUUUAUUUAUUUAUUUAUUUAUUUUAUCUGCGGUACAGUGGACUGCAACAUUUUUAAAGUCUGUGUAAAAACAAUUCUGAAAAACCUUGAUAAGUACAUUUAUUUUGCAAACUAAAUAAUGAUCUGACAGUGAGCAGAGCAUGCGCAUUAAGAGGUCCGACCUUUAGAGGAACUGCCAGCAGGGGGCGCAACUACAUACAUACUUUCCGAGGUGUGUGCGAACAUGUCAUCGCCCCCCCUGCUCCCUGCUCCCCGACAUAAACUUGUAUAACUCAUUUUUAAUUAAAGUAUCAAUAAUAAUAAAUGUACAUAUAUGUGAAUAAAUUGUUGCCCUCAGGGCAAUUAAAAAAGAAUGAAA